AUGAAUGUUAUACACACAGGGACCCGCCAGACCAGGUACCGUGCAGUCACCAUCAACGUAGAUGAAGAGGAAGCUCCACUACCGAGGAAGCGCAAGUCACACAAUGAAGAAGACUAUAGUACAGCAAAGGAAGUAGCAGAGGAGUCAGCUAGUGAGAACAGUGUUGAUGAUCCAGACAUCGAAAUUGAGCAAGAGCGCACAGAGGAUCAGAUGGCUGCACACCUUUUCGAGCAAGAAAGACCGCAGUUCACGGUGUUCAAUGAGGACAAGGAAGGGCAAUAUGAUGGCUCAACUGCUGACCUCAAUGAUAAUAUGGACAAUGGCGCAUGGGAGGACAAACAAAACAAUGUUCCAGCUCGCAAAAUCUCCAAAAAAGCUGCCAAGAAGCUCGACUAUGAGCUGCCUCAAGUCUCAACUGAAGCCCUCUCAACUAUGCAAAUGGUGCCCUCUCUUGCUAUGCAGCCCAAUUCUUCCACUACCAGCGCAAUUGUGUGGAAAGAUCCAACAAAUAUCAAAGCUACCUACCAGGGCCGUAGUUGGGUAUUGUCCUUAACCACUGACGUUGCUCACCACUUAGAGGCGGGUGACCAUGAUAGCUAUAUCAGGCCUUUGACAACAUAUGUUAGUUCACGCAUUGGUAAUGAACAUGCCAAGGAGCUCAAAGGUCCGGGUCUCAACACCGUCGUAGUCAAUGCUUAUGGUUUCACUGGAUUAAGUGGCCCUUCCGCCACACAACGGAUCAUCCUUACUCGGCACUUUAUGUAUGGCCUAGAUUCAGUAGGUUAUGGACAUCUAUUACUGUACAAGACUGAUCUUGUCUCAUAG